AUGCAGAGCAUCAAGUGUGUGGUGGUGGGUGAUGGAGCAGUGGGCAAGACGUGCCUGCUCAUCUGCUACACAACCAAUGCCUUCCCCAAAGAGUACAUCCCCACGGUGUUCGACAAUUACAGUGCCCAGAGCGCAGUGGAUGGGCGCACAGUGAACCUGAACCUGUGGGACACUGCGGGCCAGGAGGAGUACGACCGCCUCCGCACACUCUCCUAUCCUCAGACCAACGUCUUCGUCAUCUGUUUCUCCAUUGCCAGCCCGCCCUCCUACGAGAAUGUGCGGCACAAAUGGCACCCGGAAGUGUGCCACCACUGCCCCGACGUGCCCAUCCUCCUGGUGGGCACCAAGAAGGACCUGAGAGCCCAGCCUGACACCCUACGGCGCCUCAAGGAGCAGGGCCAGGCGCCCAUCACACCGCAGCAGGGCCAGGCACUGGCCAAGCAGAUCCACGCUGUGCGCUACCUCGAGUGCUCGGCCCUGCAGCAGGACGGCGUCAAGGAAGUGUUUGCCGAGGCUGUCCGGGCUGUGCUCAACCCCACACCGAUCAAGCGUGGGCGGUCCUGUGUCCUCUUGUGACCCUGGCACUCAGCUUGGAGGCUGCUCCCCCACCCCCACCCCCGCCACCAGUUGUGCCUUGGUGCCUUGUCUGCCCCCAGCUGUGCCUUAAGGACUAAUUCUGGCACCCUUUGCCAGGGGGCUCCCUGAAUGCCUUUUUUCUCCUUAAGGAGGCCUGCAGGGGAAGGGGCUUUGGGCCUCACCCACCCUGCUUGGGAACACCAGGUAUUCUCAUGAGCUCACCCAGGCUGAGGUUGGACCCCUCCCCAAGAGGCCAGUCCAGUGCCCCUUUCCCCGUUUUCUGCUACUGACCAAUUGAUCCAGCUUUCCACACAGUUGUUGCUGCCUGUGGUGUCUCCUUUCAGGUUAGGGGCUCUCAGCCAUCUCUAACCUCUGCCCCUGCCGCUCCUAAAAGUGCCCCUCCCUCCCCAGAUGCUCUCUCCCUUCCCCCAGGAAGGAGCCAUAGAAUCCUGAGAAUAUGAAUGUGUCCUAACCUGCCCCCAUGUGCCCAGGCCUUACGCAUCCGCUGACUGACUCAGCCCCCUUGCUCCUGGGGGCCUUUCCUACCCCCAUCAGCAUCAAUAAAACCUCCUGUCUCCAGUG